CUUUUGUAUUACUGGUGAUUGUAGAGCAAUGUAUUUGCUUAAGUAAAUGAUAUGGUUAGUUAUUCGUCUACUUUUAUUUUUGUGACACCAGAUGCUCACUUGUUUAGUAUUGUUUGACUCGUUAAGUUUGGUGUGAGUAAAUUCUUGAUUCAGGCAUAGAUGUUUAUAUAUAAAUGUAACUGUCCAACUACUGUAGCCAACAUAUACUUAUAGAUGCCUCGGGGCAAGUCCUCUCGUCGUUCCCAGGCCGCUCGGAGGAGAAUGGUGGAGCGGCAGCCGCUGAACUCCGAUACUGCACCGCCUGCUACUCCUGAACGCCGUGGUACAGGUUACCGCCAUGCUGUUCAGGAAUGGCCAAUUUCAGCUUUGACUGGUCGUCGCCACAAGCUGGUCUUACCUGCUGAGUCACCCGCAGGGAAUAAGUUUGUUCUUGUAGUCGGGGACUCCCAUCUACGAAGCCUCGUAGAUGGAUUUGUCAAGAUGCCAGAGGGACGGCUGUCCUUUGGCUUAAUGUCAACCCCGGGGGCCUCUGCGACUGAGUUGAGGACGGAGUUACUGAAUGGUACUGUAACUCCGACACCCGACCUGGUCUGCCUGUUGGCCCCUAGCAACAACCUGACGGCCAGCAGGACCUUUGGCGAGGCAGGUGUGGACUUUGCCAAGCUUUUGCGCAGUGCGUGCAACCUCUUCCCUGAGGUUGUGGUCCUGGACUUUCCUCCACGCUUGACUGCUGAUGCAGAUCAUCAGAAGUUUAUGCGGGAGGAGUUCCAUCGUGUGGCAGCUCGAAUGGGUGUCAAGUACUUGUCCACUGCAGAGCACUUCCCUCUGGACUGCCCUGGGAUUUGGUCUCGAGAUGGUGUACACUUGAGUGACAGUCUUGGGAUGCCGAUCCUGUCUCAGUUGUUCCGGCAUGCAGCCUUUGUGCAACUGGAGGCAACAGCGCCAACGGAAGCAGUGCCUCCCAGGGUCUCUCCUAGGACUUCACCGCCACGAUUCUGUCCACGAAUUGUUGUGAAGGGGGAGGUCAUCGUGCCUCGUCGCUCCAACCCCUUCGAGUGGACAGUUGUGGGAGGGGGCAAGAAGGUAAUGGGUUGCACACUGUAA